AAAUAUAGGUGUAGGUACAAUGGAUCAGUUAGUCUCAGUGUUACCAGGAGAAAAAGCAGAACCUCAGCAGCAGCCAGGAGAGCUAGCAAAGACUUCUGCUAGCAAUGCACACCAACAAAGUGUACCAGUAUCUGAUACACAGUCCCCUGCAGCCAGCAGCCCACAAGUGAGACCAAAAGCAACAGGUAGCUCUGAUGAGAAGGCACCAGACUCUUCAGAUAAUGGUAACAAAACUCGUAGUGGUUGGCCCAAAGGAAAAAAGCGCAAGAAAGCUCAGCGAGACCAGACAGCUCCUAGACAGCCACUUACAGGUUAUGUGAGAUUCUUGAACGAUCGAAGGGAGAAAGUUCGUUCAGAAAAUCCAAACCUCCCUUUCCCAGAAAUAACGAAACUUCUAGCUGUUGAAUGGAGCCAGUUACCAGCUAGUCAGAAACAGCACUAUUUAGAUGCAGCAGAGCAAGAUCGUGAACGAUAUAUGCGCGAACUACAAGCUUAUAAACAAACAGAAGCAUACAAAAUCUUCACCCAGAAACAGUCUGAAAAGAAACAGCGUGAAGAUAAACCAGUGGAAGCAACUGUUCAGCCAGAAGAGGAUACAGAAAAAGAGGCUGAUUAUCCAGGGUUUGAUAUUCCCAUUUUUACUGAAGAAUUUCUUGAUCACAAUAAAGCUCGUGAAGCAGAGCUGCGCCAGCUUCGCAAGUCCAACACAGAUUAUGAGCAACAGAAUGCAAUACUGCAGAAGCAUAUUGAGAAUAUGAAAGCAGCAGUUGAAAAGUUGGAAGUUGAAACAAUGCAGCAGCGUAAUAACAAUUUAGCUCUGCAACAGCAUCUGGACCACAUGAGAGCUACACUUACUGCAAGCUUCCAGAAUAUUCCACUUCCAGGCAGUAAUGAAGUUCCAACACUGAACACAAUUGAUAAUUAUAUGACACGUCUGCAUUCACUGCUUCUUGAUUCCACCACUCGGGACCGGGAGGCACUUGUGGCUACAGUGCGUGAACUGGUGGGCCGUUUGGAAUUCCAUGGAUGACCCAUACAGCCCAGUGUUCGCAGGCGAAGGCCCAAUAAGUAACCUGCAUUUAUUUUGUGACACGUGAGAAUAAAUAUUAGAAGACAGUAUGAUAAAUGUGAGGUCUGUGAAAGAGCACAGUGUUAUUACUGAUUAGUAGACACUGAAGGAGAGAGUGAAUUUUGGUGUAGUUCAUGUACAACAUUUUAUUUCAAAUAACUUUGACAUUAGGUUGCUGAUACAUGUUAAUUUGAAGUUUUCUUACGGAUAUAUUUCUUAUUCUUCCACUGGGUGUGACCAUUAUGAACAAUAAAUUAGAUCCCUAUAUAAUUUUAUUUCAUAUAACUGGAUGUGUACCUGUUCUUUGUUCCUAACUGGUUAUCUGUAUGUAUGUAUUUUGACAAAACUGAUAUAUGAUGCACAAAUGUGAGUUGUCUGGAGACAUAUGAAGAUCAGCAAAUAAAGACAGUAAGUAGUUUGUACCAGAAAAUGAAA